CCCCCCAAAAAAUAUCUAAGAAGGUCAAAAGAAAGGAAAAACCUUAUCUACCCUAUAACAAGUUAACAACCUUUUAUUCUUGGACUGAUUUUUCCCGCUAAAUUUGAUGCUACUCUGUGCAAAUUCAACUCAACCAUGGAAGUCCACCAUUCCCACUUUCUCUCUCCUCCAACAUUGCAAAACUUUAAAUGACAUCAAACAAAUUCAUGCUCGCCUAAUUACAACUGGGUUUAUCAAAAACCCUAAUUUUACCACAAAACUCAUUCUCAAUUUAUGUUCUUCCCCUUAUACACCUCUCAUUCAAUUUGCGCGCUACCUUUUGUUGUCGCAACACGCUAUAAUUGCAAAGAAAAAUACCCAUUUCGAUCCUUUUCUUUUUAAUGCUGUAAUUAAGUCCUUUGCUGUUGGAAAUUUUGAACCAAAACAGGCUCUUUUUGUUUUCAAUUUCAUGGUUGAGAAUGGAAUUUGUGUGGAUAAAUACUCGUUUUCUUUGGUUCUUAAAGCUUGUUCUCGAUUUGGGUUUUUGAAAGAAGGGAUGCAGAUUCAUGGGUUGUUGAGGAAAUUAGAAAUUGGGUCAGAAUUGUAUCUGCAAAAUUGUUUGAUUUCUUUGUAUGUGAAGUGUGGGUGUGUUGAGUUUGCACGCCAAGUGUUUGAUAGAACGCCGAAGAGAGAUUCGGUUUCUUAUAAUGCGAUGAUUGAUGGAUACGUGAAGGUGGGUUUGUUAAGCCUUGCUAGGGAGUUGUUUGAUUGUAUGCCGAUUAAGGAGAAGAAUUUGAUAUCUUGGAAUUCUAUGAUUGGUGGGUAUAUGCAGUGUAAAGAUGAGCUUGAUAGAGCUUGGGAGUUGUUUGAGGAAAUGCCCAAGAGAGAUAUGAUUACUUGGAAUUUGAUGAUUGAUGGACUAGUGAAAUGCAAACAGAUGGCAGUUGCCCAUGAUCUAUUUGACCGAAUGCCUGAACGAGAUGCAAUCACUUGGGCCACGAUGGUCGAUGGCUAUGUAAAAAUUGGUAGUCUCGACAUUGCUAGGAAUUUGUUUGAUCAAACUCCUGGAAAGGAUAUAGUGGUUUGCAAUGCCAUGAUGGCUGGAUAUGUUCAAAAUGGAAAUUUUCUUGAAGCACUGGAAUUCUUCCAUGAUAUAUUACAGAUGAAAUUUUUAUUCCCUGAUAGAACUACGUUCUCAAUAGUUCUUUCCGCCAUUUCCCAACUAGGACAGGUUGAUGAGGGCAUCGCUGUGCAUUCUUAUAUUCAGGACAAUGGAAUUAUCAUUGAUGGGAAACUGGCCGUGGCUCUAAUAGAUAUGUAUUCAAAAUGUGGCACCAUAGAUAUGGCGAUUGAGGUAUUCGAGAGUUUGAAAGGAAAAGAUGUUGAUCAUUGGAAUGCCAUGAUAUGUGGAUUGGCUGUUCAUGGCUUCGGUGAAUUGGCAUUUGAGCUUUUUAUGCAGAUGCAGAAACUUCACUUAAAGCCUGAUGAUAUUACAUUCAUUGGGCUGCUUAAUGCUUGUGGUCAUGCUGGUUUAGUGAAGGAGGGACAAAUAUGUUUCGAGCUGAUGAGAAGAGUGCAUAAUUUGGAGCCAAAACUCCAGCACUAUGGGUGCAUGGUUGACAUCUUUGGUCGAGCUGGGCGUCUAAAAGAAGCAAAAAAAGUCAUAGACGAGAUGCCUAUUGAACCAAAUGACAUUAUUUGGAGAACAUUGCUUAGUGCUUGUAUUAAUUAUGGAAACUUUGAUCUAGGGCAGCAGGUUGCUGAGCAUCUUAUGAGGCUUGAUUAUGGUAAUUCAGGCUUUUAUGUGCUUCUCUCCAACAUGUAUGCUGGAUUUGGUAUGUGGGAUGACGUUAGCAGGAUUAGAACUGUGAUGGAGGACAGAGCUCUAAAGAAACUUCCUGGUUGCAGCUCUAUUGAACUCAAUGGAGCAGUCCAUGAGUUUCUUGUUAGCGAUACGUCUCAUCCUUGUACUGGGGAGGUUUAUUCUUUGUUGGACAACUUCAGUGCUUCAGGAUUCAGCUUGAAAAUGGAAUCAGAUCCCACAGAGCUGGAACUAGUGAAUUAGUGAAAUCGAAUACUAUCGAUGGCAUCCUAGGUACGACUUAAUUUUAUUAAAAUGUAUGUAUACUUGAUGUGUUCUUCUCCCACAGAGAUGCAUGCAGAGCUCUAAUGUACAUGUCAUAAUAAACCUCUGCAAGAUAAAUGUCUAUAGUUUCACUUUAAAGGUUGGCAAUAAAACUUUAACCCAUCUUCAUUA